AUGCGCGUAGGACCAUCUAUUCGACUGCUUUCUUUUGGAUGGGCACGCGGUCCACUUUUACGAAUGCGUUUUUUUGGUGGAAAUGGAGCUCAGAUUUCUUCUGCGGGGAAAUUUUUUUGUAAUACGGCCGCAGUGUUGUGCAAGAAUUCUCCACAGCCCCUCCCAUUGUUGACACCAGUGGAGUUUGCACAAAUUGCACCGAUGGUUUUGCUUUGUCAAGCUCUGAAGCAACACGCGGCUAUGGACAGUGCUGUUGGCAUAAACGGGAACAGCAAUGUCAUCAGCCGGGCGGUAUUUAACCAUUACUGUUCUGAAAGCCAUGUAGAAAAUAGUGACGAGGCGUUGCGGCUGUUGGAGGAAUCAGGCAGUGUCGUCUCUCUUUCCAACGGGGAAGGAGUGCAUCUUCGGCCCUUGCAGUUUGCACACAUGUACGAAGAUCUCACUGGGGAGGGGGAGGAGAAAGGUUCCACUUUGGCUUUUUUUCUUGAGGAGGCAACGAAACGAUUGAAGGCUGCACAGGCUGAAGAGGCGGCGAUGCGGAGUGAACUUCAACCAGCCCUAAUGCGAGCUGCAAAGUGGCGUCGAGUGGUGUGGGGCGGUGCAUUGUGCUUUUCAGGGGCGCAAAUGGCAAUUAUUUCGCGUCUGACGUUCUUUGAUUUUGAUUGGGAUACCAUGGAGCCCGUAUCGUACUUUCUUGGCACUGGCACGUCCCUGCUGUUUUUUUUGUACUUUCUCCGCCAUGGGCGGUCACAUACGUACGAGGACUACGACAGAACGACGCUACCAAAAAAACUGAGAAAAUAUGCUCCUCCUGGCUUUGAUUGGGAAAAAUAUGAGGCCAUCUGCAAAAAUGUCGAUGUUGAACGAAGAAUGUUGAGUAGAAUCAAGGAAUGGAGGAAAAGACACUAA